AUUUUCAAUUACGUUCAAUUUGGGGUUCGUUCUUCACUCAAAAGCUCAACCUUUCCCUCUAAUUUCCCCCCAAAGCCAAAAGCUCCAAUUUCAAAUUCUUGUUAAACCAAACCAAUCAAACACAUCAAAUUUCUCAAAACCAAAACCCCCCCGAAAAAGAAAACUUAAAAAGGAAAAUGGACGAUAUCGAUGACGAUUCUAGAUGCCCAACCAAACCCUACUUUUUUAAUCGCCUAAAACACCCUCAAUAUCCACGUUCGAUUAGAACUCGCCACGUAUACAACUACCGACCAGAAGAAGAAGACGGUGAAGAAGAAAACGACGACGUAGAGGACGAUAACGACAAUGACCCAGAUGUUUAUUACCGUCGUUUUAAAGAAAGCGAGCGUUUUGAAAGGUACCCAAAGCGGCAAAAGUUGAGAACUUCAGCUCCCAGCUACCAAUUCGCGGCCGAUCAUAGAGAUAGCUUCACAAACGCCUAUGAUUGGACCCAGCAAGAAAUUUAUGUUUUGUUAGAAGUUUGGGGAGAUAGGUUUCUACAAUUGGGAAGGAGGAGUUUGAGGGGUGAAGAUUGGGUUGAUGUAGCUGAGAAAGUUAGUGAUGCUUUAAAAAGUGAGAAAAAUGAAGGGCAAUGUAGGCGAAUGAUUGAUGGGCUGAAGAGGAAGUUUAAGAAAGAGAAGUUGAAAGCUGAAAGUAUGGGGUUGAAUUCAAGUAAAUGGGUGUUUUUUAGGAAAAUGGAGAUGCUAAUGGGGUUGGGUUCUUCAUUUAGGCAACCAGAAUCAGGGUUGGCUUGUGGAGUGGAUUCAGGGGAGUUUGUUUUCAUGAAUACGCAGGUUUAUUUGGAUAGGUCUAAUGGUUUUGAUGAGAUGAGGGAUAGUCCUGCAGAGUCAGAGAUGGUGGAGGAUGAUGAAGAAGAGGAGGAUGGAGGGUCGAGGAUGAGAAUGGAAGGGAAUGACGAGCAUUCAAUGAGGAUGUUGGCGGAUUCAGUGCAGAGGUUUGGGAAGAUAUAUGAGAAGAUUGAGAGUAGUAAGGGGGAGCAUAUGAAGGAGUUGGAGAAGAUGAGGAUGGAUUUUCAGAAGGAGUUGGAGGUGCAGAAGAAGCAGAUUUUGGAGAGGGCACAAGCAGAGAUUGCAAAAAUAAAGGAAGAGGAUGAUGCUGAUGAUGAGGAGGAGAGUGAUGACGAUGAUGAGGACAAUGACAAUUCCACAGAAAAUACCAGCGAAUAGGUUUUUUGCUUUUGAAAUUUUGUAAAGGACGAUUACAUCUGAAGCUGCCACAAGUGCGGUUGACAGAGGACACCGUGCUCGCUACUUGUUAGAUGACUUGCAGAAGUUGAAGGUAUCAUAUACGAUGGAUGUUUUGUAUUUACAAUCUAAUAAACCUAUGUUCAAUUAGUUUAACUUUCAUCAUCUUCCUAUGUUGCCCUUUGAAUUUAUCGGGCUCAUUUGGCAGCUUUACAGUGGCUCCUUAGAAGUUUUCAGGUCAAGCAAAUGUAUGUAGAUUUUUCCUUUUCAGUAUCCUGUUUUCUAGUGUUAUCCUGGAACAUUAUCCUUGGCUUUCCACUUUUUUUCUAAAUUCAGUUCGAUAAUUAGUUUCUGAAUUUCGGACA